UAAAUGCAGAUAAUUAUGGCUAUUAUCUCCCCGGGGACGUGCGUCCAGACACCUAACCCCGAGCCAGGUCUGGCACCGCAGAUCCUCGCCCCUUCAAGGACCGCGGGAGGCCAGAAGGGCGACGAGACCCGGGCCGCGGGGUUGUCUGGCUGGCUUGCGGGCCGCAGCCGCAUUUCCGGGCCGGCCGGAGCCCGGAGCAGGGGGAAGGGCAGCCGAGGCCUGCGCUGGCCGCGGUGUGACGCGCCCCCUCAUUUGCAUGCGCCGCGCCGAUUGGCCACGGCGGCCGCCGGGACCAGAGGCCGGCCCCCUCCCCCUCCCGCCGCAGCGGCGGCAGCAGCUGGUCUCGGUGUAAACAAGUCGCGGCGGCUGCGAACCCGGGCCGGGGGGGACGGCGCCCACCAGGAGCGCCCCCCACUCCCAGGCCAGGCCACCUCGGCGGACCGGGCCCCCGCGCGCCCAGGCGAGGCACUGGGCUCCCUCUGCUCCCCGUGGGCCGCUCCCCGGGUGGGGCCACUGCCCCCGGCCCCCGCCAUGGUGCGUAUUUCAAAGCCCAAGACGUUUCAGGCCUACUUGGAUGAUUGUCACCGGAGGUAUAGCUGUGCCCACUGCCGCGCUCACCUGGCCAACCACGACGACCUCAUCUCCAAGUCCUUCCAGGGCAGUCAGGGGCGUGCCUACCUCUUCAACUCUGUGGUGAACGUGGGCUGCGGGCCAGCCGAGGAACGGGUACUGCUGACAGGCCUCCAUGCUGUGGCUGACAUCCACUGCGAGAACUGCAAGACGACUUUGGGCUGGAAAUAUGAACAGGCCUUCGAGAGCAGCCAGAAGUACAAAGAGGGGAAGUACAUCAUUGAACUCAACCACAUGAUCAAAGACAACGGCUGGGACUGACCCCUGCUCCUGCCGCAUGUGGCUCGAGCCCGGCCUGACCGCCAGGGGGCGCCACUGGCUUCCCUCCACGGGAAGGGAGCUCUGGACCCUCAGGGCUCCUGCAGAGGACGGAUCCAGCUCCUGUACAUAUAUUUUAUUGCAUGCACUGUGACCUUGGGGGGAGCUCAGAAGGAGGACGACACCCCCGCACUUCCCUGCGAUCUGGCUGGCUUGGAUCUCGUUUUUAACCCCUUCCUGCCCCGCCUGCCCUAUAGAUAUGGCCUGUGUGCUGCUCUCCUGGCCCCAGUGCACCGUCUGCCCUGUGAACUUCUCCCACCGGGCCCCUUUUACCCCACGCGUGUCUGCUCCCCUUGUUCUGUAGCGUUUGUACAUAAUAAAACAAUGGAGUGGAGACA